UCUCGCCGGCGCGUAGUCCGCGCGCCAACCAAAUUCAAAUUCAAAUAUCGAACUCUAUCGAACGUCAAAACUUCAAAACCGUGACUUUUUUGCUUUUAAAAACUUUAAUGACCUCUGUGCUGUGUUGUGUAUUUACUUUCGAGCGUGCUAUCGAUAUUUUUUUACCGGAUAGUGUGGAGCAAAGUUUAUGUGACAAGUUGAGGUUUAAAGUUCAAACGCAGAACCGUGGAUGUACUGGAUUUUAUAUAUUUUCUUAGUGUUAACCCUUUUAGUGUGUGUGCUAGACGAUCAUUAAACUCCAGUCGCAAUCGGCUAAAGGCUUAAGAUAUGACUCGACUAGUGACAUGACGUGCGAUGCGGACCGGCUCAGUGACGAAAUGUCAACGGAUUUUGGCCAACUAGUGUUGUGCGCGUGACCACGUCGAACAUAUCGAUACUCGCUUCUGUUGGCACAACAACACGAAUGAACACCCUCAUGCUGACGACUAGUGGGGCUGUGGAUGAUCCAACUUGUGUCGAUAGCAACAUGUCUUUUUCAUCGUAUAACAUAAUGGACUCGGGAGGGGCUGGUAUCGCAGAAUCGCCCCCCACCUACCACCGCUCUUACGAACAAUACGUGCAGGGGGGUGUUGAGAAUAGCACCGACUCUGGGCAGGACCAAACCAGCCCAGAGCUGGUAGUCUGGUCCACUCUACCCUACGGUUUGGACUACAGAGCCCAGUACGACUACAGAAGUCCGUACGAUACUGGAAGGGAUUACUCGAGUCAGCAGUACGCAAGGGCGCCCUUUACGACCAAGAUGGGGCAAGCCAAAGCCUUGAAGGAGGCCAGAAUAAGAAGGCCCAUGAACGCCUUCAUGGUUUGGGCGAAGGUGGAACGCAAGAAGCUGGCCGAUGAGAAUCCGGACCUCCACAACGCUGACCUGAGUAAAAUGCUAGCUAGCAACAACGUAUGGAAGCACUUGAAGAAAGUAGACGAAGACGCUCCGAAGGUAGCACCUGGUACGCUGAAAAAAACAAAUGAAAAUCAACCCGUAAUGGACGUUUGCUCAGCAAAACAAAUGAAGAUGAACGCGUACAUUACGUUCGUUCAAGAAAACAAAGGACUAGCGAAGAUUCUUCGAAGAAAAUUAUCAGCCGUGUGGAAGGUCUUGGAGACAAAGAAAGACGUUCCUAUGGUAGCACCCGUAGUAGAAGUUACGCUGAAAAAACAAAUGAAAGUAUCCCGAAUAGUAUUCCAAGCAGCCGAGCAGGCGACCCGUGACGACAGUUAUCGGAGACGUGUGGAAACGUGUUGGGUCAAGCUGGAAAAAGUGAAGAUUCUUCGAAGAAAACAAAUGAGCAUCAACCGGUAA